UUUCCUACCCGGUAAGGAUUUAUAUACGCACUUAUUGCAUAUAUAUAUACCAUCUCCACUUCGCCGGCAUUUGUGGACUGCUUUGUCCUGCAAGAUCUGCUCUCUCAGGCAAGAUGUUGGUGAAUGGUUCUGAUAAUGGUGAAAAAUCUUGGAAUUCUAGUCGUGAAAAGGUGGACCCUGCAGAACCUGCAUCUCUGACUUGGCACAGAAGAAUAGAUAGUGAGGCCAAUGUCCCUUCCCUGUUCAGUCUAAGUUUUCUAGAGAUGAUUCGUAUGGCUCCAAUGGGUUACCGGUUAUGGCGUCAUGUCCGAGCGGAAACAGCAAAAGGAAGGGGAGUAUUUAUAAAUCCUUUUCUGCCGCGUGGUGUCACAUCAUGUCAUGGUGUUCCACUAGGUGGUAUAGGUGCAGGAAGCAUUGAAAGAAACUACAAAGGUGAAUUCCAGCGCUGGCAACUAUUCCCUGGAAAAUGUGAAGAUAAACCAGUUUUAGCAAAUCAAUUCUCCGUUUUCAUUUCACGCUCCAAUGGGGAAAAAACUUCUACUGUACUCUCCCCAGGGUGCCCAGAAUUGUCAAAAGAAAGCUCGGCGUUUGGGAUUGGGUCUUGGGACUGGAACCUGAAGGGGCAUGGCUCUACAUAUCAUGCAUUGUAUCCUAGAGCUUGGACAGUAUAUGAUGGUGAACCCGAACCAUUGUUUAGGAUAGUUUGUCGUCAGAUUUCUCCCUUUCUUCCCCACAAUUACAAGGAGAGCAGCUUCCCUGUGGCAGUGUUUACUUUCACGCUAUUUAAUUUGGGAAAGACUGCUGCAGAUGUGACCCUUCUCUUCACAUGGGCAAAUUCUGUUGGUGGGGAUUCUGGAUUUUCUGGUCAUCACUACAAUUCAAAGAUGAGGAUGAAUGAUGGUGUUCGUGGCGUGCUCCUACAUCACAUAACAGCAAAUGGACUAUCUCCUACAACUUUUGCAAUUGCAGCAGAAGAGACAAAGGGUGUUUGUGUUUCAGAGUGCCCUUGCUUUGUUAUAGCUGGAAACUCCCUGGGUAUAACUGCAAAAGACAUGUGGCAUGAAAUUAAAGAGCAUGGAUCCUUUGGUUUCCUAAACUCAGCGGAAACAUCGAUGCCUUCAGAACCGGGAUCUUCUAUUGGAGCCGCUGUUGCUGCUUCUGUUACAGUUCCAUCAGAUUCAGUACGUAGUGUUACAUUUUCUUUAGCAUGGGACUGCCCUGAUGUAAAAUUCAUGAGUAAAAAAGCUUAUCACAGGCGUUACACCAAAUUUUAUGGUACUCAUGGCAAUGCUGCAGCAAAUAUUGCACGUGAUGCCAUUCUUGACCACAACAUUUGGGAAUCUCAGAUAGAAGCAUGGCAAAGACCUAUUCUUGAAGACACUAGACUCCCUGAAUGGUAUAAGGUCACUCUUUUCAAUGAGCUCUACUAUCUUAAUUCAGGAGGAACAGUUUGGACAGACGGAUCACUGCCAGUCCAUUGUGUAGCAAGCUUUGGAGACAGAAGGUUUUCCCUUGAUUUGAACAGAUCAAAAGUUAAGAAUGCUACUAGCACACCUCAUCAACAUGACACUGCUUCAGAAAUUCUUGUGACGAUGAAUUCAAUUCUUCAGGAGAUAAACAACCCAGCAACACUUAAUUCUUCAUUUGGGUAUAGUCUCCUUCAGGAAGGAGAGGAGAACAUUGGACAAUUCCUGUAUCUUGAGGGUAUUGAGUAUCCAAUGUGGAACACAUAUGAUGUUCACUUUUAUGCAUCCUUUGCAUUAAUCAUGCUAUUCCCAAAGCUUGAACUUAGCAUCCAGAGAGACUUUGCAGCUGCUGUAACGAGGCAUGAUCCCAGUAAGAUAAGGCUUCUACACGAUGGAAAAUGGGUCCCCAGAAAGGUUCUUGGUGCUGUUCCUCAUGAUCUGGGAAUGUUCGACCCAUGGUUUGAAGUAAAUACAUAUUGUCUUUAUAACACUAAUAGGUGGAAAGAUUUGAAUUCAAAAUUCGUACUGCAAGUUUACAGGGAUGUGGUUGCCACAGGGAAUAAGAAGUUUGCAGAAGCUGUUUGGCCGUCAGUUUAUAUUGCAAUGGCUUUCAUGGACCAGUUUGAUAAGGAUGGGGAUGGGAUGAUAGAAAAUGAAGGUUUCCCUGAUCAGACCUAUGAUACAUGGGCUGCCUCUGGGGUGAGUGCAUAUUGUGGUGGGCUGUGGGUAGCAGCCUUGCAGGCUGCUUCAGCCAUGGCUCAAGAAGUUGGUGACAGGGAUGCAGAAGAUUACUUUUGGUUCAAGUUUCAGAAGGCAAAAGUAGUGUAUGAGAAAUUGUGGAAUGGUUCUUACUUCAACUAUGAUGAUAGCAGCGGGAGCGCAAGUUCAUCUAUUCAAGCAGAUCAGUUGGCUGGACAAUGGUAUGCUCGAGCAUGCGGUCUUUCCCCAAUUGUUGAUGAAGACAAAGCAAGAAGUGCCCUUGAGAAAGUUUAUAAUUUCAAUGUGUUAAAAGUGAAGGAUGGGAAGCGAGGGGCUGCAAAUGGCAUGCUACCGAGUGGAGAAGUUGACAUUUCAUCGAUGCAGGCAAGAGAAAUAUGGCCUGGAGUUACUUAUGCUGUUGCUGCUGCUAUGAUUCAUGAAGACAUGGUUGACAUGGCAUUUCGAACUGCAGAAGGAGUUCACGAGGCUGCUUGGUCCGAAGGAGGACUUGGGUAUGCUUUUCAAACUCCAGAGGCUUGGAACAUGGAUGAUCAGUACAGAUCUCUGGGAUACAUGCGCCCCUUGGCCAUAUGGGCAAUGCAGUGGGCAUUAUCACAUCCAAGAAAUUUGAAGCAUGAGAUAAAGCCAGAGGAGAAGGAUGAUUCCUUGCAGAAGCACCAUACAGGGUUCGUGAGAAUUGCACACUUCCUUAAGCUGCCAGAAGAGGAAAGCUCUAGAACUCUUUUGCAGGCGAUUUAUGACUACACAUGCAAGAAGAUCCUUUUGUAAGAAGAGCUUCUGCAAGAGUAUAGAAUGUUUAAGGUAGGCCGCUUCUAUUGCUGUGCGUACAUACAUUUGUAUGUUUAUCUUAUAUGGUUAAAAAUGGUAUAGGAAAUGGGAGUUUAUCAUAGUACAGAGAGCGACGAUGGUAACAUUUUACUGAAAACUUGUGGAUGUCAGCCACUGCACUGAACUCUAUUCAUUGUGAUGCUAAAACUCGGGGCAGUGACUCUUUAUCUUUGAUUCUUGAAAUCUAAGCUUAUUCCGUAA